ACAACUUCCUGUGACGUCAAACCGCGACAUGAACGAAGCAUGUGGAUCCGCUCGCUGAAAAGUGAUACUGGAGCAUUUCCCGCUGGAGGCUAAAAAAAAUAAGCCUGUGCCCCGAGGCGAUGACAUGUUCAUGACCACGACAGACGCCGUGAAAGAACAUUGGCUUCGGAGUCGACCUUGACGGCGGUGCCUUCCCGGGCCAGCUCCGCAGCGGGCAGGACCCCGCUGGGGGGGCUGGCGGGCAGCAUGAAGUCGAGCCUGGUGUUCCGGGACCAGGUGGCGGCCAUGGGGUCAUGGUUCGAGCUAUGGAACCCCUGCGAGCAGACGGUGGGGCUGUACUCGCUUCUGCGCCGCCUGGGCCCCACCCAGGCACGCUUCCUGGCCCUGGUGCUUGACCGCUCCCUUGCCAACUGCACCGAGCUGCACCAGCGGGAGCGCCAUGCCAACGACCCCGCCUACAUUGAGCGGCUGAGCCGGGAACCCAGGGAGCAGGCCCUGGGCCAGCUGCUGGGCCUAUUGCCGCUGCUGAGCCCGGGGAACCAGGAGGCCAAGGCGGCCUACCUGAGCCUGAUCCCCCAGGUGCUAGCCCACGCCCUGGACUGUCGGCCCCCACUGCUGGUGGAGGGGGCCCGCCAGCUGCUCUCCUACUCCCUCAUCCACCCGGCCAUCAGCUCCCGGGACGACCGUCGCCUGCUCACCCUCUGGCUCAGGCACCUCGAGGAGCGCAUCUCCGCCUCCAGGUACCAAGAUCACGUGGCUCCCAUGCCAGACGCCCCGACCCCGCCGAACGGUUCGCUGGUCGACCCCCUCGGUGGAGGAGGGGGCGGGGCGGGGGGCCGCCCGGGAUCCCUGGACUCAUGGAACACGGAGGGGGGUUUCGGGGCGCUCAACGGCAACUACGGCCCCAACCUGAACGGCUUCGGCCUGUCCCUGGGGGGGGCCGGGGGCUCCUUGCCCCCGGGCCUGGACUCCAGCCACAUGGCCCUGCACCCGUCCAACUCGGUCCUCUCCUCCUCUCCUUUCUCGCCCGUCGACCGGACCGGUUCCCCGCUGUCUCAGCCCACGCUGAAGCGCAGCAGCAGCCUGACGCCCCCUUGCUCAGCCACAAACCCAAUGCACCAGUCACAACAGCAGCAGCAGGGGUUUGGGCCCGGCCGGAUUCCGGGCCCCCCGCAGCCCCUGUCGGCGGGGGACUGGCGCUGUGCGCCACCCCCCAGAGACGCCGACGGCAACACAGGGGCCCCACCCCUGUCGCCCCAGAGCAGCGUGGCCUCCUCGGGGUCCGAGGGACACGGGCCCGAGGACGGCCCUCCCCGAUCGAGUUUUGGCCUGGACGGCGCCGGCAUGAGGGGUUGCUUCAAAGAGGCCUGCUUCUCCUCUGGCUGGUGCGCAGAUGUCCCCGGGUGGCUGAAGAGCCUGCGACUGCACAAGUACGCCUACUUGUUUGCCAACAUGAGCUACGACGAGAUGAUGAACCUCACCGAGGACAAGCUGGAAGCACAGAAUGUCACCAAGGGGGCCCGUCACAAGAUCGUGCUGAGCAUACGCAAGCUCAAGGAGAGGCCCGACACCUUACGCCUGCUCGAGAAGAACCUUCAAGAGGAAGGGGACAUCCGCACGGCCCUGGUGGAGCUGAGGGCCAUGCUGCAGACCCCCAUGAAGUGCUCCAGCUGUGUCGGCGAGGGCGGCGACCCCAGGGACGGCUGCCCCCCUUCCGCGGCGGCGGAAGGGGGGCCCCCACCGCGUCCCGCCCCCUCGGCCCCCAGCGGGGGCAGCUUCUCCUCCUCCUCCUCCCCCGAGGAAGAGGAGGAGGAGGAGAGCCCCCCCUCCUCGCUGGACUCCUCCUCCCGCCCCAGCCCCCCCUCGAGUCCCCUGGAAGGGAGCGGGGCAAAAGUCGCGGCGGGGGAGGCCGGAGGCACCGGGACCCCGGCGGAGCCCGGAGGGGACGCGGCCGAGGAGGACCUACCGGGUCUCUUCACGAGGCUCGUGGGAAAAGUGUGCACCAACAUCUUGGUCUCCCUCCGGACGGACGACGACUGUCUAAACCUGUUCCUCAUGCUGGUCGACAAGUGCCUUAGUCACGAGGCGUUCAGCCCGACCCAGAAGCGGCGCCUCUUCUCUUGGAAGCAGCAGGUGCAGAAGGUGUGGCACCCCCUGCCUCCCCGGAGGUCCCUGGAUGCCAGGCACGCGAGGGGGAGGUGGUGCGGUGCCCCUCCCCCGCUGGUAGGCGGAGGGGACUUUGGGGGCCCCCUGGGUCCCCUGGGCGGGCCCUCCUGCCUGGCCCCUGGACCCAGCCGGGCGCUGGCCUUGGGAGCCCACCCGGGGGGGCCAGUCCCCCCCCAGGCUGUGGGCAGGGCCCCCCUGGGCAGGCCCCCGCUGGCGGGGCUCUUCUUCGGGGGGGACGUGGGAGGGGGAGGCAACCCCCUGGCCAUGGUCAUCAAGAGGCCCAGCCUCCAGGAGCACCUGAACAAGCCGCACAUCCAGAUCCAGAGGACCCACUCAGCCCCUGUGCGUCCGAGUCCGGUGGUGGCCGCCGCUUCCCUCUACAAGCAGCAGGUCGCCGCCGCGGCAGCUGCAGGCCGCGCUGCAGACAACUCUGCGAACGAUCCUGAAAUCAACAACAGACUGGAGUCCCUGUGCCUGAGUGUCACGGAACAUGCUCUUGGAGGAUCGGAUGGGAUGCCACCAUUUUAGGUGCUGCUGUGAGCUGACAGCUGUGUGCAGUGCCAAUGACCCCAGCUCAGAGACGGCGUCUUCUUUCAUCAGUUUUACAUCUUCUCUUCUUUAUUUCGUGGUUUUAUUUUUUUUUUUAUUUCUUCCUUUCCCUCUUUUUCCUCGUUUGCCGGUGGAAAACUGCACCGGACGCCCCGCAACAGCACGGAAAGGCGGCGGAAGCGUCAUGGUCGCGCGUACACACAAACACACACACGUGCAACGAAGCACAUCAUGUCAUUUGCUUUUCUUUAUUUUUUUUUUGUUUUCCUGCUACUCGCUUUUUUUUUUUUUUUUAGAGCGAUGUUUGUUUGACGCUGGGCCCGCUGAGCCGCCCCCUUGCGUCAGGGUUUCUGUACUCGUUUUACAAAGCAAUUUCCUGGUGAAAGUCAUUGUGAAUGCAGACAACCAUGAGCGUCAUUUCUUUUUGUUUUUUUAUUAUUAUUCCACUCCCUCCUGUUCUCUUUUCUUCCGCUAAUGUUUCUCGUUUUUCGGGUCUGUUUCACGCGUUGCGGAAAGAAACUUCAUGUGCCUUAAGUCCUUUGGAUCGAUGCUGUGCAUUCUGGGACAGCGUGGCUAAGUUUGUUGUCUCUCUUUUUCUUUUUUCUUUUUUUUUUUUUUUUUAGCAGAGACUGAGGAUUGUUAUUGAGAGACAGUCAUUGAUGGCGGUCACCAACGUGCAUCACUGAUGGUACUCGUUGACAGCGCUCAUUCGCUGCAGUCUUCCGAGCCCUCCCAAACUAGGAUCUUUGCUCGUCUUUUGUUUCGGUCUGCGCCCUACCGGCAAGAGUUGACGUAUCCACUUAUUACGGCGACGCCUUCCGUCGAAGGCGGACGGACGGAUCUGUUUUCAGUUUGAGAAUGCUACAAAAAAAGCUCUAUGAAUUGUACAUAUAACUACGAGUCUGGCCAGGUGCCAUACUUUAGGAGAAAGACUUGGUGUACGGCGGGACACUCGUUUUUCGUUGUUGUUAUAUUUUUUUUAAGUAUACUCCCAUUUUUAAGGAAAAAAAGGAAAGGUCUCCGUCCCUCGUUUCUUUUAAGAGAGCAAGGGGGAAAGGACUUGUCGGUACAAUUUAUCCUCGACGAAGUCGCCACUAGGUGCGAGGAAAAGGUGCUUGGUUUGGCGGGAACUAGGCAGGAAACACUGCAGGACCAGUGUGCGUGCGAGCUGGAAAGAAAGUACUCACAGACGUUGCCCCAGGAAUUGACACUGUGUUUGCUUAGACAUUGCCCACUGGCCAGCUUUUUUUUUUUUUUUCUCUCAAAAUUCGGUUUUGAUGAAUGCAGCCAGAUUGUUAUUGCACUGCGCAAAAUUCGCUCCUUUGCGUGCAAGUUCAUUAACACAACCUUGCUGCAUCAUAGUCGGUGACGAGUUAGGAGAGCGGGACUAGUUCCUCUUGCGAAGCCUUCCACUCUUUCCAUUUCAGCAGAGCAAACACCGGAGAAGAGGGCAGUUCGUCCUUGCCUCCUCUCCAGCAUUUGCUUUGUGGAAGUGGAAAGAGGGGUUUGUGGGACAAGCUUGUCCCGCUGCCUUAGGCUGUCCCCAACCAUAGGUGACGAUGCGGUGUUUCUUUCUCGCUUAAGUGGAAUCGUGUCUCGAGGAACUAUGCAAAAGGAGGACAUACGAAAAGCGAAACGAGGCCAAGAGUUCCCCCAUGUGUUCAGUCGACAUACACGAGAUUCUUUCCUUCCAGAGAGCAUCCUUGACGAGCGAGCCGUUGACUGUGUUAGCUCCGACACAGUUUUCCGGUGUUUUUACGGAGACUGGCAUUGCUUAAAAAAGUUAUUAUUUUUUCUGUUUUUUUUUUCUCCACUUUAAGGUAGGCGGAACGGAUUUUUGCUCAGAAAAGUGUUUGGCUUCUACGAAGUUGAGGUGCUUGUAUAAAUGACUGGUGUUGCAUCACUUUCUAGCGAGCAAAUGUUUUGUUUUUCGUAGUGUUAGCACACGCGUCAAAAGAAAAAUUGAGAGAUUUAUGAAUAAAGUCUAUUGCAUCCUUA